AUUUUGUUGGUGAUGACUCAUCAACGCAAAGGAAGGAAUGGGCGCAGCAAAAGCGGUUGCGGCGCUGGUGCUGUUGCUGCUGGUGGCUGUGGCAGUGCACGUGACAGAAGUCAGUGGCAGUAGUCAAACGUAUUAUGAGCUGCUAGAAGUGAACGUAGAGGCUAGUCCAAAGGAGAUUCGAAGGUCGUUCAAGAAGCUGGCGCUGAGGCUGCAUCCAGACAAGAACCCAGGCGACCCCGAGGCACACGACAAGUUCGUGCAGCUCAACGCCGCUUUCGAGGUGCUCAAGGACCCAAAGCUGCGGAAGAUCUACGAUGAGCACGGAGAACAUGGCGUCAAGGAAGCACAAGAAGGCGGUGGCAACGGCCCUGGCACACGCCAGCGAGGCGGCUUCCACUCCUGGCAAUACUACAAGGACAUGAGCCUGUAUGACGAUGAGGAAGAUGUGGAGACCUUCGCACAGAAGGACUUCUGGAGCUUGGCCGUGGACUCGGGCGACACCUGGUUUGUCAACUUCUACAGCCCAGGGUGCAGCCACUGUCGAGACCUGGCGCCCACGUGGAAGCAGUUUGCGCACGUGCUGCGGGAUGCGGUUGGUGUUGGCGCCAUCAACUGCGAAGAGUUUUGGAACACGUGUCAGCAGCUACAUAUUCGCGCCUUCCCCACCCUCCUUCUCUUUCACAAAGGCGAUGGGUCGUACACGCCCUACCGCGGCCGGGCGCGUGAUAUCGAGUCCCUGACGGCGUUUGUUGAGCGCCACCUGCCGCCGCCACUGGCCAUCACAGCGCUGCUCACACCAACCGGCCACCUCACGUCAACCCUGCACCGCCCGCUCGCCAUUGCUGCCUGCGUGUCCCCGACAACGGAUGCGGAAACACACGAGUGUGUCGACCUCGCCCUCCGCGGCAAGCAGUACCCUGUGCUGCUGCUGCGCCGAAGCGAGGCUGCCACCGACUAUGAGGUGUUCCACGGCGACCUGCACCCCUCUAUUGUCGAGCGCUGGAUCAGCACCGCCAAGCACUCGCGCGUGCAGACGUUCACCCCGCACCUCUUCCCGGAUCUCCUCUUUGACCAGCAGUUCACCCUCGUCUUUAUCGACUUUUUCGCCCCUUGGUGCGGGCCGUGCCAGCAGAUGCUGCCUGCGUGGCGCGAGGCGUCUGUGGCUACGGCGAAAGAACCGGGCGUUGUGUUUGGCAGCGUCGACUGCCAUGCGUACGCGGACCUGUGCAGGCGGUUCACCAUCCACUCGUACCCAUCCCCAAUCGCAUAUCUCCACGGCACGGGCACGCCCACACCCUUCCACGGCAACUUCAUGUCUGCAGGUGCCCUGCGCGACUUUGUGCAGGCCACCCUGCACCCGGCUGUGAUUGAGCUGGACGCACACACGUUCCAGACAGACAUCAAGCAGAGCGACGAGCACCUGUGGGUGGUGGACUUCUUUGCGCCGUGGUGCGGCCACUGCCAGCGGCUUGCUCCAGAGUUUGCCCGCGCUGCACACAACCUGCGCGGGGUGGCGCGGCUGGCAACCGUGGACUGCACGCGCGAGAAGGACCUGUGUAGGCAGCAGCACGUUCGUGCGUAUCCAACGGUGCGCGUGUAUCUGCCUGGGCGCCUUCCUCGACGUGUUCUGCCUUACCGUGGGCACCACGCUGCAGACUGGAUCACAGCAGCCGUCCGCGAACACCUCCCAAACAAGGUGAAGACGAUGAGUGGACUUCAGCUUGAUGAUGCGGCUGCGUCGAGCGAUGCGCUGUUGCUCGUGACCUUUGGCGCUCCCUGGUGCCGCCCUUGUCUGGAGUUUAAGCCAAUCUUCAACCACGUGGCCCUCUUGCUCGCAGACUCCCCUGACCUGGCUCCGUGGACCAUUGAGUUUGGGAGCAUAGACUGCCAGCGUUACCGCUUCAAAUGCAACCAGCUGAGGCUCCCCCACUAUCCAAUCUCCAUUCUCUUUAUCCCUGGUCAAGGCAACAUCAUGAUUGAGGAGCAGGAUCCAGAGGCGCUUAUGCGUAUUGUUAUUGAAGCCGCACAAGAGGCUGCACCGCCACCAGCGGUAGCGAGUGAUGGGCACAAUGCCCAUGAUGAGCUGUGAUUGACAGGCAUCAGCGCCGUACUGCCUUUGAACAUGUGGAUAAAGGUAGACCCCAUACCAGAUCACACCUCUUGUCAGGGGUCACGUCGAGUCACAGUUUGUCACAAUGUGUCAUAGCGCUGUUGUUUGCUCGUUAUUCUAACUCUCGUUCUGGUGAUGUGACACCUGCCUUUACUGACGUGGUGUGUGGUUCUGUGACCACCAACUGUGAUGCCACGAGCGUGACGCUCUGCGAGCGUUGGCUUUGCUCUCGUUUUGCCCAUGCUGGGGUUGUGAGAAGAGGUGUAUUGGAAUGUGAAGUAAGCGUGCAGGUGACAGGGUACUAACUCGCGAGUAAAUGGACAACAUGAUGA